AUGGCUUGGGUCAAUUCAUGCGCCACCUUUCUGAUCCCGCUACUGCUAUCUCCUCCGAUAGUGGCAAUAACUCCCAUCCCACAGACUCCACUUUUAGCCGUGGUAACCUCAUCUACCGUCGCCAUCUAUGAGUCUUCUUCACUAUUACCUUUAGCCAUUCAUAAACGUGCAAAUGAAUGUUUGACGAACCACAAGCAGUCUGUUUCUGCCCGAAUCAGACACGUGUCGGUGGACACAUCCAAACUAGGCCACAUGCACUCGGUCAAUCUCUAUAUCCAGACUGCUGCAGACUAUAUCUUGAUCUACCAUCUUUUCGUCAACUACUCUCGGUCUUUGUAUGAGGUGACCGACGUUAACAAUGGCGAGCGCUUACUUCAGAACUCUAAGCCUUUGGCUUCGGAUAACUCUCGGUUCAACUUGGCCAACUUCAUCAAAACGGCUACGAAAUCCAUCAUUCAAGGUGGCUCCGCAGAUACCAACUUGACCAACAUGGAACACUUCAAUAAUGCAGCCGUGGAUGACGACCAGCGUAACGAGAACAUUCCUUUGGUGAAAUUGACCAUGAUAAAAAUCCUUCGAAUGAACGCAGGCAUCACAGGAUUCUGGUGUAAACUGAAUUCCCAGAACUUGAUAUUCACCAAUGAUUGCGACGAGAUCCAGAUCCUCAACCUCAAGACGUUCAACAACGAGAUUAUCAAGCUUGCGGACAGUAAGUGGUAUUAUGAUACUACAUUGAUUGAGUACAACUUGAACGAUAACUACUUUUUACACUUGAGUUCCACUGGAGAGUUGGGAGUUCUUCAGUUCAACCAGUCCAAAUCUUCAGUGGCCGUGGACUACACUCUUCUCACCAAGCUUGAUUUUGAAUGUCGCCAUAUUCUUAUAAAUCCGCAGUACAAUUUGGUCAUUCUCCAGUCAGACACGGACUUGAAGAUUUACAAGGUGACUCUUGGCGCUAAGACAUCCACACUCUGUUUUAUUAAGACUUUGUAUGAGUUCACCAAUUCCAGCCAGUUAUCGUGCAAAUGGUCUCCAUGCGGAUCUUUUCUUAUUGUGUGGAAUAUGCAAACAAACUACUGGAAGAUGAUAUCCAAGUUUGGCUUCAUCCUCUUUGAUUCAAAAGCAUUGUCUGAAGAGAUCGCUGCCGCAGAUAUAGAUUCAGAAAACUUACUGAGAGUUAAUGACUUCUGUUUUGUCUCGGAUUGUGCCAUUGCCCUCAACUCCCAGACGCUCUACAUCUUGAACAAGGAUUCGUCCAAGAUAUACCACCUUGAUCUCCUAAGGUUGCUGGAACGGUUCUCCAACAUGUCCAUAUUUCACGAUGAAAACUAUAUCAGCGUUCCAGUUUCGGAGUCCAAUUCCUUUGCUCGAUUCCCCAUUCUCCCCACGUUCCAAAAGGUGUUGUCUCAUUUCCAGUAUGUGAACGGUACAGCGUUGGCAUCCUCUCACCGUAAGCCUACCGGUUAUUUUACUAUUCGUGUCAGCGAGUCUCUGCAACUUUCUAUGUCAUAUGGGCCGCAUCUUGCAAUUUCGACUCCUAUCAAAUUAGGUUCCGAUUUCUCCCAUCCACUCUGGUAUGUUUUCUACAACCACUUUGUUGAGCCCUUGAACAUCGUUAACCAUUUCUGGGUCAAAGACAACUUGAUUCUAAUCAAUAGAUACGCCAGGGAUGAUGUGGACCCAGAGGAAUUUCCUGACAUGAUGAUUGACGAAUUAAUGAUUCUCAAUACUGCUGCAUCCAAGUAUGGUGCCGGAGGUGCCAAUUUCAAGUUCGAUAGCGACUCAUUGGUAUGGAGACAUUCCUUUCGCAAUAGAAUAGUCACCUUUGAAUUGAUCGACCUGGUAGAUGGUAUGAAAACAUUGGUAUUGAUCACAAAUGACAUGCGUAUCAUCUUGAUGGAGCUUUCAAAGGGGGAACGGUCUGAAAAGCCAGGAGCUAUGAAAAUAUCAAUUCGUGUUCGCAGAACUAUUCAUUUGUCUAGCAUCAAGCAUAAGUUACCCAUUACACUCAUCCAGCAAAUGACAAUGGUGGAUGGGAAGCACUUCUUCUUCCUUUUGAACAAUGGUGAUUUAUAUUUGUUGAAGAACCAGAUCACUAGUCCAGAGGAUGAAGUUGCAAAUCAGAGGGGCACCACUCAAGUGAACAACAUGUAUGAUUUGAUUAAAAUCAGUUCCGCGGUCGAAUCUUUCCAGGUGAGUGAGAUCAAUUUCAACCAACAGCGUCACAAUCGGUAUAUCACCUUCUUCAACGGCGGUGAAGUCUUGGUUUAUAAUAUGGGAGAGCUCGUUGAACGCAUUUACGAGUUUGAAGGAGUUGAGCAUUCCAGUGAGGUAGAUGUAGAGAAACCACUCCGGCCCAUCAAGAUCAAGAUCGCCAGUUUCAUGCCCCUCAGAAUUUACCAGUCAAAUGGGUCCAUCGAAGUUGCGGGCUUUGAGUAUCAAGCUAUGGUUAAAAGCGAUUUUCUUAUUUUGAAGCACCGGCCAAGCAGGCAACUCAUUUUGAACAAGUUCAUUCAGCACGAUUUGUUCGAGUCCAAUCUACUGACCAUGGAAAUCACACGAAAAUUCUCCAAUUUCGGCAACUACGACUACUGCUUGGAACUUUUGCUUUUCGAGAAUUUGUACGAGAGUGAUGAAGCGAACCGGCUCCGUAAAGUGUGUCAGUUGGUGGAUGCAACUGCCAACUCUGACUCCAUCUACAUCAACUUCUUGCGCAAGAUCGAGGUGAAGUACUGGGACCAAUUCUUCAAGUUGCUCGACCAGACGCCAGUGGGAUUUAUGAACAGGCUCCGAGAAUCCAAUAACGUGGAGCUCUGUUACAAUUACCUCAACAUCUACCUCAAUUUCAAGCGAGAAUUCGAGAGUUCUGUUACCCCCUUCGAAACCGAAGAAAAGGGAUCAAUUCUAGACGCAAAGGACUGUGAACUUAUCAAGCAGAUCAUCAAGAUGCUUCUUGAAGCACAGAAAUGGGAUGAAUGUUUUGAAUUGUGCAGAUAUAUCAAACUCUUGCAACCAUCAGGAAAUAUUCUCCGCGAAAUCCGCCAAUCCAUCUGA